GUUGGCCAGGCUGGUCUUGAACUCCCAACCUCAGGUGGUCCACCUGCCUCGGCCUUCCAAAGUGCUGGGAUUACAGGAAUGAGCCACCGCCGCAGUCGAAAGGAUGGUGUUCUGUGUUGAAGUCCUGCAUAAGCAAAGUCCCAGAGGCGGGUAUGAGCCUGGGCUUUUAGGCCUGGCUGGAGCUGACUGUGGUAUUUGAGGGGUGGGCGUAGAUGUUGACCAAGUACGGUAAGGAGGUGUGUGCAAAGUUGGUGGUCCUUCAGUGUCAGAUAUAUGUGUCAGAUGUGUGUCCAGGAUGCCCCACAUGCCAGCUUGCAGAGGGCUUCCCGUGCUAGGCUGGCAUGUGGUCCAGGAGUUGCCAUGUGCCAGCUGUGUGUUCGAGGCAUGCGGUCACAUGUGCUGUGGGCUGCACGUGAGUGUGUCAGUGUCUCCUCCCCAUCACGAGCAUCGGGGGUGGUGGACCCAGCGCGGGCGGCAGGCGGGCAGGCAGGCGGCGGCCUCGGAGGGGAGACUGAGCGGUGGCAGCAGCGGUGGCGGCAGCCAGCGGCGGGGAGGCAGGCCCAGCCGGGGACUGGAGCCAGCGGCGGCUUCUCCUCACAGGGGACCAGGAGUCUGUGGCCAGGCCCUCCCACUGAGACCCAGCACCGGGAGCCCCUGGGACACCCCACCCUCCUCCGCCUUUCUCUUCCACCUGCUCCUCUCCAUCCUCCUCUCCUUCCUCCCUAUCUCUCCACCUCAUUUGCCCCCUUCUCGGCCUCUCUGGGUCUCCCAGCCCUCCGUCCUCCCCAGCCCUCCACUCCCGGGCUCUCCCCGCCCCCAGCAUGCUUUUCCCGUGGGGGCUGAGGGCUUGAGGACUCCGGGCCCUUGCCUCAACCAGGGCAGGGCCCAGGCUCCAGGGGGGAGGGGGGAAGGGGGCGGCCCCCUCCCCCAGCAGGCCCUCCCCUCCCCCACUUCCCCUGAUGGCCGGCUUCCUUUUCUGCACCCAGUCCUCGCCCCCUGUGGCCCCCCCAGGCCGGCCCGGCUAGGGGAGGGGGCGGGGGCCCUUUCCCGGGCCAGCUUCCCCCUCCCCCGGCUUUGCCUGUGCCCCCACUUCCAUUUUCACCUUCCUCUCCUCCUUUCCUCUCUCCUUCCCCUCCAUUUGCUCCUUCCCCCUCUCCUCGCUCCCCUUCUCUCCUCCAUUUUCUCCUUUCCCCUUCCUCCCCUCCCCGGCCCACCCUCUCCUCUUCCACCUGUCCUUCCUCCCUGCUCCUGUGGAGCCACCGUUUUGGAUUAGUUGGGGGCCACCACCAGCGGCGGGGGAGGGGGCCCUGUGGACUGCCCUCUCCCCCCGCCCAGCCCCACCGCCACCCAGCGCCGGAGCACCUCCCGCU